AUGCCACAGGCUGCACGAUGGGCGGGCACGCCGUCCAUCAAGGGGAAAAGCGAGUCGACGCGCAUGGCGCUGUUGACAUUUAGUCUAGUGGGGUUACAGUUUACUUGGGGUACUGAGAUGACCUAUUGCACACCAUAUCUCCUACAAUUGGGCUUGACAAAAUCCAAAACUUCGUUGGUGUGGAUUGCCGGACCACUGUCCGGACUGAUCAUUCAGCCUUUGAUCGGCGUAAUUGCCGACCGAUCGCGUUCGAAAUGGGGCCGGCGGAGACCAUUCAUGGUGUUUGGUUCAUUCGUUGUGGCGUUUUGUCUUAUCGUACUUGGUUGGACAGCCGAGAUUGUCGCCAUGUUCGUGAAAGAGCCUGAGAAGGCUAAAAAUGUCACUAUCGCGUUGGCUGUGUCCAGCAUUUAUGCAGUUGACUUUUCUAUCAACGUCGUACAAGCAUGUUGUCGCAGUUUGAUUGUGGAUACAUUGCCGAUUCCCUUGCAACAAGCCGGGUCUGCCUGGGCGGGCAGAAUGUGCGCUAUUGGCCAGCUAAUCAGCUACGUGAUCGGCUCCAUUGACAUGGUCAGCAUCUUUGGCAGUCUUUUGGGAGAUACGCAGUUCAAGCAGAUGACAGUGAUUGCCGCUAUCUCAUUGAUCCUCGCGGUGGCGGUGACAUCCUACUCUGUCAAGGAACGCGUUCUGAUCUCGGCGAGGGACUCUGACGGCAAGAGCGGUGCCAUUCAAGCCAUCUCGCAGUUGUUCAAAACCACGAUGGAACUCCCACCUCGCAUUCAGGCCAUUUGCUGGGCUCAAUUCUGGGCUUGGAUUGGAUGGUUCCCCUUCCUCUUCUAUAGCACGACAUGGGUCGGCGAAACCUACUUUCGCUACGAGGUCUCCAAAGACCAGGCCAUGAAAACCACCGACAUGCUCGGUGAAGUCGGCCGUGUUGGCAGUCUUUCUCUGACAGUCUUCUCCUCGAUUACAUUCCUAAGCUCCGUUCUCCUGCCAUUCUGUGUUCAAUCCCCAGAUACCAAGCGCACACGCUUCACGCCUCGGCCACCACCUGGUGUAGCUGCGAUUCUGAAGAGGUUCACGGCCGUUCGACCGGAUCUCCAGACAGCCUGGUUGAUUUCUCAGAUCAUGUUCGCCGCCACUAUGAUUUUUGCACCGCUCGCGCACUCCCGAGCGUUCGCAACCUUCCUCGUGGCAGUGUGUGGAAUCCCCUGGGCAAUCAGUGGCUGGGCUCCAUUCGCAUUCAUGGGCGUGGAAAUCAACAAACUGACCAUGAACGGCGGCCCGGGUGCCCCGGGCAUGGCAGCGCAAGCUACACGCUCUGGUGUGACGAUGAUUACAUCCGCAGGUCUGCGCAGUUCCGCCGCUGAUACCGAGCUGGAAGUGCUACGGUUGAAUCACCGUGACUUGGACAGUGACACCGACGAAGAAGACCAAGCCUCGAACAUUCCCUCCACGGGUGAAUUAGCUGGUAUUUAUCUCGGAGUGCUGAAUGUGUAUACCACGCUUCCGCAAUUCGUUGGCACGUUCAUUAGUUGGAUUGUGUUUAGCCUUCUUGAGCCCGGCGCACAACCUAACAAGGACAGUGAUGCCUCGGAUACGCAGUGGAUGAAUCUGGAUAAAGAUAAACCCAACGCGAUUUCCAUCUGUCUGUUCAUCGGUGCUAUUAGUGCCCUUGUUGCCGCUGAGGCGACCCGCCGAUUGCGGUAUGUUCCUUGA